CUCUACACCCAGUGUAGGCCCCAGAUCAAGAGUUGCUCACUCCAUCCACCGAGCCAGCGAGGUACCCCCUCCAUGUUUUGAUUCCCUCAGGAGUUGGCUGGCCUGUAAGAAGAAAAUCAUGAGGUCCAUUGAACUCUCAGAAGAAAAGACUUACACACAACCCAGAAAUUCCUCAUUACCAUCCUGGAAGCUCACAGCCAGGGAGAUUCUGGCCACCAAGACCCAAAACUACUUUGCUCAGACAAAACGAACCAAGAACGUCUUGAUGCAGAUGGCCUUCUCCAUUGGGCUGGGCAGUAUAUGGCGCUUCCCCUACCUGUGUCAUCGGAAUGGAGGAGGCAACUUUAUCCUGAUGUACUUCUUCAUGCUCUGCUUGUUCGGGAUUCCCCUCUUGUACAUGGAAAUGAUCAUGGGGCAUUGGCUGCGUGUGGACAACAUCCGGGUCUGGAAGCAGCUCGUCCCCUGGCUGGGCGGCAUAGGAUACGCUAGCAUAUUGGUGUGCAUCUUGAUAAGCUUGUAUCACAGUGUCAUCAUCACAUGGAGCAUUUCCUACCUGGGCAACUCCUUCGAUAACUCCCUGCCCUGGAACCAGUGCCCACCGGUGAAGACCAUCAAUGUCACUGACCUCUCUUGCCUCCGGACCGUGUCCCACCAGUACUUCUGGUACCACAGCACCCUGAGUGCCUCAGGCCAUAUUGAGGAAGGGGUCGAGGCCCUCGUCCUGCAGCUCACCCUGGGCAUCUUUGCAGCCUGGUGCAUCCUCUUCUUAAUCAUGAUCACAGGGCUAAAGACUUCAAUGCUGAUCCUGGUUUUCACGGUGUUCCUUCCCUGCAUCAUCCUCCUCUGCUUCCUCAUCCAAAGUCUCUUCUUGGAGGGUGCCAUUGCCAGCCUCAGACAUAUGGUGACCACAGAGCUCUCAGCCUGGGCCUCGCUGGACCUGUGGCGUCAGGCCGGAGGCCAUGUGCUCUAUUCCUUGGGCCUCGGCAUGGGCACCACCAUCAACUUCUCCUCCUACAAGGCUGGAGAAGACAACUAUAUCCAGGUGGCCUCCUUGAUGGCCCUGGUCAAUCUGGGGACCUCAUUGCUAGUCACAUCCAUCAUCUUUAUUGUGCUGGGGUUCUGGGCCACCACCAGUGGCCCCACCUGUGUUGAAAAGAGCGUCUCAAAGCUGAUGAAACUGAUAAAAAGGGGCGUCCUGCCUCAGGAUGCCAAGCCCCCGGAGGACAUCCUGCUCCUGCCCCCCCUGGACUACCUGGAGUGGAUCAGCCACCUCCCUCAGCACCUCCAGAACCAGAUCAUCCGCUUCUCCCCUUCCUGCAGCAUCAAGACGCAGAAGGGAAAGUUCAUGGAGGGCCCUGGCCUGGCAUUCGCAGCCUUCUCCCAAGCCGUCUCCUUGUUCCCUGGUGCCUCUUUCUGGGCCAUCCUCUUCUUCUUGAUCCUGGUCAUCACAGGGCUAAACACCUUGAUAAGGAUCUUGGAAAGCAUUACUUAUCCCCUCCAGAACUCCAUCUCCAUCUUCAGGAGGUAUCCCAAGCUGCUAUCAGUGUUUGUCUGCUUGGGAGGUUUUCUGGGCAGCCUGAUCUUCACCAGUCACGCUGGCAGCUACGUAAUGUCCUUGUUUGAUGAUUGCCUGGUCCCGCUCACCCUCAUCAUCAUUGUGGCCUUCCAGAAUAUGGCCCUGGCCUGGAUCUAUGGAGCUAGGAGGGUCAGGGAAGAAAUAUUUGGUGAUCUGGGCCGACUGCUGUGGUCCUUCCUCACUGUCCUGUGGUGCUAUGUGACCCUGCCUGGGCUGCUGGCCCUGACCACCAUCAGCCUCAUGCAGCUCUACCAGACAGAACCCCCCUACUACAUUGCCUGGAACAGCAGUAUGAGCCAGGAGGUGAAACAGCCCUACCUGCAGGGCACCCUAAGCUGGGUCACCUUCCUCAGCGUCCUCGCCUUCCUGCCAAUCCCCAUCUACCCGCUUCAACACUGGUGGUACCUCCAGGACCACAUUGCUUCUGACCCCUUUGAAAAGCUACAGUCCAAAAAGAUGCCUUUGGUGCCCCCCAAGCCCUGGCCUAAGCACGGCAUGAAGUCCCAGGAGGGAAACAAAGACAGCUCCUCCAAGAGGGGCAGCCUGUCCUUGACUAGGGGGCUGAACCUGAACUCAUGGCGGCGGUUCAGCUUGCCCUUGAGCAGCCAGAGCUCUUCCUGGUUCAGCCUGCCUGUCAUGAACUCGCUGUCCACAUUCUCCACGAGGAGUUUCAGCCUUCCGGUCUCAAGGCAGGUGAGCCCGGCCUUAACACCCAUAGACAACAGUGACCAGCACGUGAAGACCAAAGACGAAAACCAGCAGGAGAACUCUGUUCCGUAACUGGUGACGCCACCCCUCUUUCCAAGGCAGCGAAUCUGUCCAACAGGUGACGGCAUGAGCGCCCAUUUUACUACAGAAAUAAUGGGUUCUGCCGGAAAGGAGGGGGAGGGGUACAUGGGAAUCGUGCCCAUCAACCGCUCAUUUGGCCUUGGGAAGAAAUGGACAACUCAGGAGCUCUUUCCUCUCCUGGAAUAAUACCAGUUCUGCUAAGUGGAACAUUCUGCUCUGAGGUCAAAGAAUUCAGACCAAGAAGUCAACUCAGCCGUUCGCAGAGCUGGACCUAGUUCCUCCUUUCUCCCUGUGAGUGGGGAGUACCGUUGGCACAAUGGGGAUGGGCUUCAUGGCACUGGCCAGGACCCAGCCUUUCCAGUUAUCAUGGAGAUAGACAGUGUUCCCUCCAAACCCCAAACUCCACCGCCAAACUGGAUCUCGGGGUGGGGGGGCUGAUUUCUCCAGAGCUACCCUCUCAGAGUGGGCUGGGAUAAUAAUGCUAAGUCAAUAAAUUGAUCCGCUGAGACCCCAUGCACAGGCUGUGGCACCGUGUUCUUU